CACCAAACAAUUUAUUCCCCUGGGCACAUAUUAAAUUGUUCCAUUCUACUUAUACUCUAACUGAUUACAGUGUUCAGUGAUCCUUUCCUCGUCCCUACCUUCGUUCCUCAUUUCCUCUUGUCCCCCUUGGGUUGCUCUCAUAUGGUGUGAAUAGGUAAUUAUGAUCAAGUCUCUAUCUAAUUAGGCUUCCGUGAACCCGGGCGGCGCCGGUAAUCAUGCGAGGCGUACCGCACGAGGAUGCCCAGCGCAUCAUUGCCAUCGAGAGGACCUGUUCGGCCCUCUCGUUUCUAGGAUGCGUCUUCGUCCUGGUAACCUUCGCCCUCUCGGACGCCUUUCGACAGCGAGCCAUCAAUCGAAUGGUGUUCUACGCGACCUUUGGCAACAUGUUGACCAAUGUUGCAACCCUCAUGACAACCACCUACACACACAAGCCCGACUCCUUCGGCUGCCAGCUUCAGGGCUUCCUAAUUCAAGUGUUUAUGCAGAGCGACGCGUAUUGGGCUUUGGCCAUGGCAAUCAACGUCUACCUCACAUUCUACCACAAGUAUGACGCGAGGAUGCUCAGAAGGAUGGAGAUUGCAUACCUCGCCUGCUGCUACGGCAUUCCAUUCAUUCCCGGUUUCACAUUUAUUUUUGUUUCCAACAAGAGAAGGGGCAGGCCGUACGGCGACGCGAUCUUGUGGUGUUGGUUGAAGCCAGAAUGGGAGGUCUACCGAAUCGCUACCUUCUACGGGCCCAUCUGGGCUGCCAUCAUUGCCACCAUGACCAUCUACAUCCGCGCUGGCCGAGAAAUCUACCACAAUCGCCGCAAGAUGAUGAACUUUAGCUCCACCGGCAACGGCACCGUCGGCACCGGCGAGCAUUUCUCUCCCGCCAUAGAGUUCUCGUCUGCCUUCAACUUUAAGACCACCGAGGUCACCCAAACCACCGAGAUCGUCAAGCCCCCAGCUGCCGUUGUCAAAACAGGCGCCGCCAUCUCUAACACCGCGCCGUCCUACUCCGUCACCGUAUCAACCGACAUCCAGGCCGCCAACCGACUCAACAUGCGCGCCUCGUUGGAGGAGGACCCGGGCAACGGGGACCCUUCCACGCUCACACACAGCAGAGGCAGCAGCAGCAGCAGCAGCAGCAGUAGCACUACCACCACCAACCAUCAUCGAGCCCCGUCGGCAACCAACGGCAGCGGAAGGCCAGACAACGGCGCCUGGCGGGCCCCCGUCUUGUCCACGGCAACCCAGCCGUCCCCGCUGACUCCGACCGUGACCUCAACAGUGACGACGUCGCGCCACACCCGCGUGACUGCGGCGCCGGGACGCGCACACCACCACCACCAUCACCACCACGAGUCGGCGUCGUCGCACAGCGCGACGUGGUCCUACACCAAGUGCGCCAUCCUCUUCUUCUCGGUCCUGCUCAUCACCUGGAUCCCGUCGUCGGGCAACCGCGUCUACAGCCUGGUCCACCGCGACGACGUGUCCCGGCCGCUCUUCUACGCCAGCGCCUUCGUCCUCCCGCUGCAGGGGUUCUGGAACGCCAUCAUCUACGUCGUCACCUCCUGGGCCGCCUGCAAGAGCCUGGCCCGGUCCUGCCUCGCCGGCGCCAGGGGGGUGCGCGACUGGGUAUUAGGGGAGGGCGUCUCGAGGACGCGGAGCAGGCGGAUGAGGAGUGGGAGGAGGGUGAGUGCGGUCAAGAUUGUGCACCGGUCGGAGAGGGGCGGCGGUGGUGCUGCUGGUGCUGGUGCUGGUGCUGGUGCUGGUGGCGGCGGCCGCGGAAGCGCAGUCGGGAUAUGGUUGGGGAAUAUUAAUAGCAGGAAUGAGAGGGAGAGGGAGAGGGAGAGCGAGAGGAGUACCAGUAUGGAGGACCUGACGGGCCAAAGAAGGGCCAUGGCAGUGUCGGCCGUGUAAAAAAGAAAAUAAAAUAAAAUAAAAAAAAAAAGGGG